UAGCUGAAAAUGGGCCCAGUAGGUGCGGAGGCUGAUGAGAACCAGACAGUGGAAGAAAUGAAAGUAGAGAAAUAUCAUCCAAGGCAAACCACUCCCAGAGGUGAGCUGGCCCCUGACCCUGAGCCAGAGCUGAUAGACAGCACCAUGCUGAUUGAGGUACGGAUUAUCCUCAUAUUAGCCUACUGCUCCAUCAUCUUGCUUGGGGUCAUUGGAAACUCUCUGGUGAUUCACGUGGUGAUCAAAUUCAAGAGCAUGCGCACCGUAACCAACUUUUUCAUUGCCAAUCUGGCGGUGGCAGAUCUUCUGGUAAACACCCUGUGCUUGCCAUUCACUCUGACCUACACCUUAAUGGGGGAGUGGAAAAUGGGUCUCAUCCUAUGCCACCUGGUACCCUACGCCCAGGGCCUGGCGGUACAAGUGUCCACCAUCACCUUGACAGUAAUUGCCUUGGACCGACACCGUUGCAUUGUGUACCACCUGGAGAGCAAGAUCUCCAAGAGAAUCAGCUUCCUGAUUAUCGGCCUGGCCUGGGGCAUCAGCGCCCUGCUGGCCAGCCCCCUGGCCAUCUUCCGCGAGUAUUCAUUGAUUGAAAUUAUUCCCGACUUUGAGAUCAUGGUCUGUACAGAGAAGUGGCCUGGCGAGGAGAAGAACAUCUAUGGCACGGUCUACAGUCUUUCUUCCUUGUUAAUCCUGUAUCUUUUGCCUCUGGGCAUCAUCUCCUUCUCCUACACUCGUAUCUGGAGUAAACUUAAGAACCACGUGAGCCCCGGAGCUGCCAAUGAUCACUACCACCAGCGAAGGCAGAAAACCACCAAGAUGCUGGUGUGUGUGGUCGUGGUGUUUGCGGUCAGCUGGUUGCCUCUCCACGCGUUCCAGCUCGCUGUGGACAUUGACAACCAAGUCCUCGACCUGAAGGAGUACAAGCUCAUCUUCACUGUGUUCCAUAUCAUUGCCAUGUGCUCCACCUUUGCCAACCCCCUCCUCUAUGGCUGGAUGAACAGCAACUAUAGAAAGGCUUUCCUCGCAGCCUUCCGCUGUGAGCAGAGGCUGGAUGCCAUCCACUCUGAGGUGUCCGUGACAUGCAAGACUAAAAAGAAUCUGGAAGUGAAAAAGAACAUUGGCCCCCAUGACUCUUUCACAGAGGCUACCAACGUUUAAGGAAGCUCUGAUUUGAAAAUCUGUAGAUGAAUUCUUCCCAGAGCUAUAAAUCUGGUUGAGGAGGGCUCUCGGGUGCAUCCUGAUUUCCCACUUUAAGGAAGAAAAGGAGAAUCGGAAUGGAAGCCUCUGCAGUGGAAUUUGUGGAAAUCUGGUUGGCAGCGCCUGGGUAAAGAUACUCAUAUUCAAAGAUACAAGACACGGUUUGCCUAAGUUGCUUGGAUGGUGGGUCAAAGUCUGGGUAAAAGCAGAGACAAAGGCUUUUGACUGUUUCCCUGAAUGAAGGAAACCUGAAUGAGGUUGGGAUUAUUAGCAUUGGGAUUAUUGGGAUAAUUAGCAUUGCUAAAAAUUUGUGGCUGAAUAAUUUGUCUUUCAAAUCAUAUUAGGGUGUUGAUGGGGUUGGGGGGUGAUGCGCUGUUCACUGUCCCCUCAUCUGAUGGAAAGACCACCCAAGACCACUUUCCCUAGGUUGCCGCAGGUUCUUCUUUAUUGUAUUUUUUUAAAGAAUUAUUCUUCCUACGCACUAAUCCUUCAGGGAGCAUUGAACUACAGUUGUUCAACUAUUUGAACGACUUCCAGGAAAUAAGCUGAAAUUUGCUAUGUAAUUAGUAUUUGGGCCAGUGAUAGGGAAAAUCAUUAACACUCAGUUAGCCUGUUGUUCUUAAAACCAAAUGCACAUUUAGUGAAAACUUUCUUCAACUAGGAAGGCAAGGAUGAACUUCUCAGAAUUAUAGAAAUGUAAACCGUCAUUCAGCUUCUCAUUUCAAGUUAUGCUGCUUUAUAUAGAUGCUAUUUACAUAACAGAUAAGCAUACAACACAAAACUUUUAAUCACUUCUAAUUGUUAUAUCUUUUUGAACAUGUAUUAUUUCUAUGUUGGAACUGAGUUUGUCUUCACUAAAAAUUAAUUCAGAUUAGGAAAUAAUUUUAGUGGUGUUUUGCAACAUUUUGUGGUUAUUUGUAAAUAGUUUUAGCACAGAUACAUAGCUCUAAUGUGUUUACAGAACACUGCAGUGUUAUUUUUUGAAAUUCAUCUUCCAUGGACCCAUUCAGAAUUAAUAAAACAAUAUAAUUUCAUC